AUGGAUGGUCCCAAUCAGACAUCUACAGAUUUUUUCCUCCUGGGAUUCUCUGGAAAGUCAGAGCAGGAAGAGGUUGUCUUUGGAAUGUUCUUAGGCAUGUACAUGGUCACCGUCUCUGGGAACCUUCUCAUCAUCCUGGCCAUCAGCUGUGACCCUCAUCUCCACACACCCAUGUACUUCUUCUUGGCCAACCUCUCCAGUGUUGACAUCUGCUUCUCCUCAGUCACUGUCCCCAAGGCUCUGGUGAACCAUGUGUUGGGAAGCAAGACCAUCUCUUACACAGAGUGUAUGGCCCAGAUGUACUUCUUGUUCAUAUUUGGCAAUCUGGAUGGCUUCCUCCUAAGUGUGAUGGCCUAUGACCGCUAUGUGGCCAUCUGUCACCCGCUCCACUAUACCAUGAUGAUGAGGCCCAGAUUGUGUGUCCUCCUGGUGGCCAUAUCAUGGGCCAUCACAAACCUGCAUGCUCUAUUCCACAUUCUUCUCAUGAUUCAACUUACCUUCUGUUCCUACAAUGCAGUGCACCACUUCUUCUGCGACCCCUAUCUUAUCCUGAAGCUCUCUUGUUCUGACACCUUUAUCAAUGAUGUUGCAGCCUUCACUGAGGGUCCUUUGAUAUUCCUGACACCGUUUAUAUGCAUUGUUGUUUCCUAUGCUUACAUCUACGCUAAGGUCCUGAAGAUGCCCUCUGUCCAUGGGAUAAGGAAAGCCUUGUCCACAUGUGGGUCUCACCUCACUGUGGUCUGCCUAUUCUAUGGGGCGAUCCUGGGAGUUUAUAUGCAUCCUUCUUCCUCCUACUCACUACAGGACGCAGUGGCCUCCAUCAUCUUCACAGUGGUGACACCCAUGGUCAACCCUUUCAUCUACAGCAUGAGGAAUUGUGACAUCAAAGGAGCCUUAAGGAAGAUAAUUCUCAGACCCUAG